UCAUCUUUUAUAAAUUUGUUUGUAAAAAGAUGACACAUUUCCGUGUAGUUAGGGCUGUUAUAAGGACAUUCAUUUAUGUGGUUUUCCAUACCGUCCUCCAUACUGUCUGUAACGUGCAGGUCAUGCCCCGGCACAGGAUUGGGCAGAGGGUUUCACGCGUGGGACACCGGGCCCCUCAUAUUUGGAGGCGGCAUGUGAGACUGUCAGUAGACAGCAGCCAGCAGACCACCAGGAGGGUCCUACGAGCUGUUACCAUGAAGUCUUUCCUCUGGAGUCUCCUGUACUGCGGCUCAUUGCUGCUGUCUGAUGUGCGGGCUACAUACCACAUCAGCGCGGGAGACCCUCACCUGUUAGCCGCCCAGAGUCACGCACAGAGCAGACUCAAUGGCCGACCACCGUUCAGGACCCUCAACCCAGCAAAGACGGACUCUCAGUGCAGGAGCCGUCCCCUGGACUUGGUCUUCAUCAUCGACAGCUCUCGCAGUGUGCGCCCAGUCGAGUUUGAGAAGGUGAAGAUUUUCCUUGCUGACAUGGUCGACACACUGGAUGUCGGCGCAGAAGCCACCAGAGUCGCUGUUGUCAACUACGCCAGUACUGUAAAGAUUGAGUUCCUGCUUAAAGACCACGCCAACGUGAUUGAUAUGAAGAAAGCCAUCACCCGCAUCGAACCCUUAUCUGCCGGCACCAUGACCGGCCUUGCCAUAAAAACCGCAGUGAACGAAGCCUUCACGGAGCAGUCUGGAGCCCGGCCUCGCUCCAGGAACAUCUCCAAGGUGGCCAUCAUUGUGACCGACGGGCGACCCCAAGACCAGGUGGAGGAAGUGUCUGCCACAGCUCGGGCCUCAGGCAUCGAGAUUUAUGCCGUCGGUGUCGACAGAGCUGACAUGCGCUCCUUGCAGCUGAUGGCAAGCAUCCCACUGGAGGACCAUGUCUUCUAUGUGGAGACAUACGGCGUCAUCGAGAAACUCACCUCCAAGUUCAGGGAGACGCUGUGCGGUGUGGACCCCUGCGCCAUGGGAAAUGACUGCCAACACAUUUGUGUCAACAGCAACGCCUCUUAUUAUUGUCAGUGCCGGGAUGCUUAUAUCUUGAAUGCGGACAAGAAAACAUGUUCCCUAAGAGAGGUGAAGGUGGAGGUGGUGGUGGAUCCCUGCAAAUGUGAAGCCAGACUGGUUUUCCAGAAGAAGACGCAAGCCGCCAUUCAGCAGCUCACAGCCAAGCUCGUUGAUGUGUCUGGGAGAAUAGAGCGUCUGGAAAACAUGGUGGGCCGUGCCUAACACUGGACACAGCGAGACAGCUGGCCGGUUUCCUGUCUCUUCCAGAACUACUGGAUGGACAUCAGCCUCAGAUUGAGUGAAGAGGUCAUUCAAACCAGUGUCUAUCAAGUAGCUGAUUGUUGAUGAGUUCAGUAACAAGAUCGUCAGUUUAUCCUGUUUUUUAUGGAUAAUAAAUGCAAUGUUCUAAACUGCUGUUAAAGCUACUUACACAGUAUAAACAAAGUGUUUUAUAACCAAGGAAAAUAAGUAUUGUUUCUAUUUUUUGUACUUUUUUAUGAAUGUUUUGGGUUCUGUGUCCCAUUCUUGUACAUAGUACUACCAGUUUGUCAUAUAAUCUCUGUUAAAAUAAAAGAGCUUAACUAUGAAGAUGUUGUUACAUGUUGUAUAAAAUGUUAUGGCUGAUGAAGCUGAGUACAGUAUUUCUAGAAAAAAAAUUCUACAAAAAUGUGACCAGACAAGCUGGACAAUAAAAACAACAAAAGGAAA